AUGCUACAUGGCCAAAGUCUGAGCAACUGGGCUUUCCUGAGCUAUGCCGACUUGCAAUCCCGACCGUGCGAUGUUUUUUAUUUUAUUUUUAUUCAAUUCUUUUUCUUCCUGUUCCUCAUAGAGUUGCAUGCUGGUGAACUAAUUCCCAAGUGCGUGCUCCGUGCUGCCGCACAGUCGCAGAACCUGGAGGAGUGGAGGAGAACCAAAUUCGACAGCAGCUCCUUGCUUGAGAUCGGACGACCCUGCCGCCCGCCAAUGCCUGUCGCGGAGAAAACAGAUGCCAAAUCAACCAAGAAAGUCGAUCUAUACUCAAAAGAGAAGCAAUCUCGUUUCCAAGGAGAAAAGAAAAUGACAGGCUGA